GACCUGUGCUCUUCUCACUUGCUCCCUCUCUCCCAAUCCCCUUCCCUUUCACUCUCCCCUCCUUCCCUCUUCAGAGGAGCCCCACGCACGACAGGGUGUUGGAUGACAGUGUGACCAUCGAGUUCACCUUUCUCGUGAAAGAGCACCCUUCCGGCCAAUUCGUGCAGCAGAAGCAGACCGCAUCGCACACCUUCAAGGGGCUCUUUAGAGAGCGCGGUUACCGCAGCCUGCUGAACCCUUGGAGCGAGGUGGUGAGGGACAAUGGCAAGUAUUUUCGCAACGGGGUGAUGCAGUUGAGGGCGGACCUGAGGGUGCUGCAGCUGGGGGUCGAUUUUUGA